AUGGAGGAUAUCCUUGUCGUCAUGAAGACUGGUGUCACAGAGGUGCGGGAAAAAGUCCCUGUGCACAUCAACACAACACUUAAAUGUGUCCCGCACUAUGUCAUAUUCUCAGACUAUGAGGAGGAGAUCGCCGGUGUCCGUACCUAUGACGUCUUGCGCAGCGUCAGUAAUGAGACAAAACAAGCAAAUCUGGAUUUUGGUAUAUACAAUCGAUUACACGACCAAGGACGAGAAGGACUUCUGGCUGCUGACUGGCGGGAUGAGGCUAAUGGCCCUUUUGGAAAACCGGGCAACCCAGGGUGGAAGCUGGAUAAAUGGAAAUUUGUGCCAAUGAUGGAUGAAGCGCUGCAGGUGCGACCCAAUGCCAAAUGGUAUGUGUUCAUCGAGGCAGAUUCCUAUAUGGUGUGGCCGAAUUUGGUAGCUUGGUUAUCCCGGCUAGACCACAAAAAACCAUACUAUCUCGGGGCUCCGAUGCAAAUCGGCAAUAUUCUCUUCGCCUACGGUGGAUCUGGAAUAAUUCUUUCAAACCCUGCAAUGCAAAUGGUCUCGAAGCACCGAGCUGGACAGUCUACAGAAUUGGAAAAGUUCACUGCCGACAACUGGGCGGGUGAUUGUGUGCUGGGAAAGGUGCUACACGAUGCAGGCGUACGUUUGCUUUGGUCAUGGCCGAUGUUGCAAACUGCUCGCGUAUGGGAAUUGGAUCAUUUCGCUGAAGGCUAUGGUCGGAAGCCAUGGUGCUAUCCAGCAAUUUCUUACCAUCACAUGGAUACACAGGAUAUCGAGGUCAUGUGGCAUUUUGACCAGGAAUGGUUUGGAGAUGGGAAAAAUUCGUUAUUAUUGCACGGCGACGUUUUCAAAAGGCUGAUCCUCAACGAAACGUCCAAUGAACAUGACAAUUGGGAUAAUUUAUCCUCCGAAAAUGCUAAUGAACAGCAUAAAGAUUUGGUUUUCCAAUCGGCGGAUGACUGCGCGAAACAUUGUGUCCAAAAUUCCGAUUGUCUACAGUUCUCUUUCGACAGCGGCAAGUGCCUGACGUCAAAAACAGUCAUUCGGGGCGUCAACCAUGCUACGAUGCACUCCGGCUGGAUGACAAAACGAAUACAUAUGAUUUUGAAGAAAAUGAAUUCGUGCCCCAAAGUGGAAUACAUUACAUGA